CCCGCCGCGGCGCCACGGUCCGGUACCCGGGCCACCCACGGGGGCGGUGGGCCCUGCUUGGCCCCCAGCUCUGCAAAGCCCCGAAGGUACAUCCACCUAGGAGCCGGGCAGUUCGAGCACGAGGCCAGCAGCGACAGGGGCGGGCGGCGGGAUGGCGGCGGCGGGGAGCGUCCGGCGGCGAGUUUCCCAAGAAAGCUGAACUUAUCCCAAGUUUCAUGUGCAUCAGCUUGCACCCGGCGAGUCGGUGGCGAACUCUUUCCGUGCGGGUGGUCUUUGGGCGCGGGAGAGACGAGGCGGUGAUUGGAUUAAUCCGCGUGGGCGCAGCCCGGACCGGAUUCUGUCCCGGAUCGUGCAGCGUGGAGCGCGCAGUGUUGCCCUAGAAAGGGCGGGUAAGUGACGCGCAGCAGCCGGGCGACCGCCGGCCUCGAAGUGCGCGUCUUUGCGAGGCGUGCCGAGGAGCCUGGAGUCCAAGUUCCAUGACUUCUUCCCUCUUUAGGCGAGACUAGCUGGGUGCUGUGCCUCUCGGGGCUCACCCCCAGGCUUCGCGAUGGACGGCGAGAGCGAAGUGAAUUUUUCCAGCAACAGUUUAACCCCUUCGUGGCGGAGGAGGUCGACCCCUCAGCCGCAGAUGCUGGGCCGGAGCAAGCCGAGACCCCAGUCUUACCAGAGCCCGAGCGGGUUGCUGAUCACGGAUUUCCCGGUGGAGGACCGGGGCCCGCUCCCCGUGGCGCAGACUCCCUCCCAGGUGCCCACCGCUUCGGACGGCAGGACGGUCCAGAGGAGUCCUCUGCUUCUGUGCACCCAUCGGAGGCCGGUGACCAAUGGGAGGACGGUCUCCCCGGAGUACCGGUCUGUCUCUCCUCGGCUCCGACGCCUGAAGUCACCGCAGACCCCCAAAGGGGCGUUGGGGGGCUCCCCGAAAUCCCCAGAGAAUGGUACAGUGAUUCCGCCCGCGCCGCAGCGGCUGCGCCCCCCACCUUCUCCUAACGCAUCCGCCCCCUGCAGCCCAGAGGGAGCCCGGGUCGGACCGACAGCGAGCCCCCUGCCUGCGCCCGCUGCAAACGGGCUCACUUGUCACGUCGACUCCCCAGGCUGCCGUUUGCAAUCCGGCCAGACAGCUAAGGACCCUGAGCGGGGACCCUCGCCCCAGAAUAGGUCUUUGGAGCAAAAACUCCCCCUCCAAAGGCUGCCUUCUCAGGAGAACGAGCUCCCGGAGACGCCUUCAGUGGUUUUGAGCACAAAUAGCCCGGCUGCCCUCAAAGUGGGGAAGCAGCAGAUAAUUCCCAAGAGCCUGGCCUCAGAAAUUAAGAUAAGUAAAAGCAGCAGUCAGAAUGUGGAGCCCCACAAGAGACUCCUCAAGGUGCGCAGCAUGGUGGAGGGCCUGGGGGCGUCGCUGGGCCCCUCGGAGGACGAAGGCGAGGUCGAGAACGACCUGGACAGCCCGGGGUCUCUGCGGAGGGGGUUGCGGUCCACGUCCUAUCGCAGGGCGGUGGUCAGUGGCGUGGAUUUUGACAGUCCUACCACCUCGAAGAAGAAGAACAGAAUGUCUCAGCCGAUUCUGAAAGUAGUGAUGGAAGACAAGGAGAAGUUUUCCAGCCUUGGAAGGAUAAAGAAAAAAGUGCUGAAAGGACAAGGACCAUUUGAUGGGGAAGAAAAUGCUGUCCUGUACCAGAACUACAAAGAAAAGGCCCUUGACAUUGACUCUGAUGAAGAGUCUGAGCCCAGAGAACAGAAGUCGGAGGAAAAAAUUGUGAUCCAGCACAAGCCACUCCGGUCCACGUGGAGCCAGCUCUCUGCUGUGAAAAGAAAUGGAUUAUCUCAGACAGUUAGCCAGGAGGAAAGAAAGAGACAAGAGGCUAUCUUUGAAGUUAUAUCCUCUGAACAUUCAUAUUUACUCAGCUUGGAGAUCUUGAUACGAAUGUUUAAAAAUUCUAAAGAACUGAGUGAUACAAUGACCAAAACAGAGAGUCACCAUCUUUUCUCCAAUAUUACAGAUGUCUGUGAGGCAAGCAAAAAAUUCUUUACAGAGUUGGAAGCAAGACAUCAGAAUAAUAUCUUCAUAGAUGACAUAAGUGACAUUGUGGAAAAGCACACGGCAUCCACGUUUGACCCAUAUGUGAAAUACUGUACAAACGAAGUCUACCAACAGCGAACACUGCAGAAAUUGUUAGCCACCAAUCCAUCUUUUAAGGAAGUAUUGUCAAGAAUCGAGUCCCAUGAAGACUGUAGGAACUUACCCAUGAUCUCUUUCCUCAUUCUCCCCAUGCAGAGGGUGACUCGCCUUCCCCUGCUGAUGGACACUAUCUGUCAAAAAACACCGAAGGACUCUCCGAAGUAUGAAGUCUGUAAAAGGGCCUUGAAGGAAGUAAGCAAGUUGGUUCGACUGUGCAACGAAGGAGCCCGGAAGAUGGAAAGGACAGAAAUGAUGUACACAAUUAACUCCCAGCUGGAAUUUAAAAUUAAGCCUUUCCCUCUGGUCUCCUCUUCGCGGUGGCUGGUGAAGAGAGGCGAGCUGACAGCCUAUGUGGAGGACACGGUGCUUUUCUCAAAAAGGACGUCCAAACAGCAAGUCUACUUCUUUCUUUUUAACGACGUGCUCAUCAUCACCAAGAAGAAGAGUGAAGAAAGUUACAACGUCAAUGAUUAUUCCUUAAGAGAUCAGCUAUUGGUGGAAUCUUGUGACAAUGAAGAGCUUACUUCGUCGCCAGGGAAGAACAGUUCCACAAUGCUUUAUUCAAGACAGAACUCUGCCAGUCACCUCUUCACUCUGACCGUCCUUAGUAACCACGCGAAUGAGAAAGUGGAAAUGCUGCUAGGGGCUGAGACACAAAAUGCAACCUGUCUGAAGCCAGGCAUCACCCCUGCCCACCGCUUACUCAGUUACUCAGUCUGGAGACUUGGUGUCACUUCUGAUGCUCCCAGUCUGCGCAGAUCCAUCACCGGCCAGCCCUUCCUGAGCGAGCGAGCCCGCUGGAUAACCGCCCUGGGACACAGCAGCGGGAAGCAGCCUCCUGACCGAACCUCACUGACCCAGGUAGAAAUCAUUAGAUCGUUUACCGCCAAGCAGCCAGACGAACUCUCCCUGCAGGUGGCCGACGUGGUCCUCAUUUAUCAACGUGUCAGCGACGGCUGGUACGAAGGGGAGAGACUGCGAGAUGGAGAAAGGGGCUGGUUUCCGAUGGAAUGUGCCAAGGAGAUAACAUGUCAAGCCACAAUCGAUAAGAAUGUGGAGAGAAUGGGACGUUUGCUAGGACUGGAGACCAACGUGUAGCCUCUCUGGUGGCCUUUUGCGACUGCAAGAUUUGCACUGCAUCGUGGUGGGUGGGAUGGUCCUGGGCUGGUGUUCUUCUGAGUUUUUACUGAAGAGUCUUCCGGCUGAUUUGAUUAAAAGGAGGAAAACAUUUGCCUUUAAGCUUGCCAGGUGGUUUUGCUCUCUCAGGAGAAUGGCUAGUUCGCCAAGCUGGGUGUGCGCACAACGAUCCUGUUGCAAACCUCUAGGCCAGGGGUCCUCAAACUACGGCCGCGGGCCACAUGCAAAUACAAAUAUUGUAUUUGUUCCCGUUUUGUUUUUUACUUCAAAAUAAGAUAUAUGCAGUGUGCAUAGGAAUUUGUUCAUAGUUUUUUUUUUUUUUAAACUAUAGUCCGGCCCUCCAACGGUCUGAGGGACAGUGAACUGGCCCCCUGUUUAAAAAGUUUGAGGACCCCUGCUAGGUAAACAGAGUAGCUGGGCAGGCAGUCCACAUGCGGGAUGCAGGGGCCUGGACUCCUCCCAGUUGCACUGCGUCUGGCAAUAAAACAUGUACAUACGAUGCUGUAUCCUGAUUCUCUAGCCUCACUUAACCAAGAAUGGGCUCUCGCUGUGUAAGCAUCGCCUUUAUGUGGUUUUCCCAGCAUUAGCAGGCGUCUCUAUCUUGAAGGAAUGCUCAGUUUUGUAUAUCCUUUUCCUGCUCUGACAUUUUAGGUCUGAUUAGAGUGCUGUGUGGAUUUCGAGAGAAACUGACAGAGUUCUGAAGGUGAGCAAAGUAUUUUUAAACCCUUUCCAGGGAAAGGGAAAUUGACACUUGAAUUGUGGCCACCUCUCUCCUGGUCAGCAGGGAAGGAAGGAGGCCUUACUUAUUUUUUAAAAAAUAUAUCCAUCGUACCCAAUAUUGGCCUAAGACAAGUAUAGCCUAAUAACACUACGCUACUUUAACAGCAUAAAAUUUAGAUGGUUCGCAUAUGUGAGAAAAGCUUAAAUAUAGGACAGUAAUCCCAACUGAGCUGAUACACGGACAUGAGGCUGCUUCGCCUUCAGUAAUGCAAGGUUUCUGACUGUUUCUCCUCCCACUCAUUUCCAAAUAGGAAAUGGGCUGACACACUUUAACACUCCCAAGGAAGAUCAGAUUUGGCCUUAAAAGGGACCAAGAAACCAGCAUGGUACUGAACUGAAACAUAAGUUUGCCUUUCAUGGGGGAACCCAUUUUCUCUGCACAAAGGCCUCCCUGGCUGGGUUUGGAGCCUCUCUUUACUGCAGGUGUCUGCAGAACUUUACUUCUUCCACUCGUGCAAGGAGAGAGAAGAGCCAUUUUAGAAGUGUGUUUCAGACGCAGGGCGUGAGGUUUGGAAGACUGAGAAGGGGAGAGCUGAUCUGUACCACCAGUUAUGUUCGCACUCUGCUCCAUUCUCUUCCACCAACGGGUAAAACCUGGCAAAGGAUGUAUUGUUCAAGGCCUCAGAUCUCUGUGUGACAUGCCCAGCUGCUGCCUGCCAACCAGUUACCCAAAUUGGCAGUAAAGUUGAAAAUAGUGCAGGAGGUAAGUAUAGUUGGCUCUCGUGCCCUGAGUUGCCACCUCAGCAGUGAGGCAGGGAGGAGCACCCUGGACCUUCUUGCCCUGAUGGCUCCCCUUUCCCUGUGCAUACAUUUCUGGGAAUAAAACACAUGCCAGGCCCUUGAGGUCAGGAAGUCACAGCAGGAGGCCGCAGCAAGAGAUGUUGGGGACUGAGAAAAAAAGAAAUCUGUCUCCUUCCUCGUUAACGUCAGAGACUUUUUGAAGGAGAGGGGAACAAGUUGUAAUCUAAUCUAACCUGAUGUUUUCAUGUAGGAAGGAAGGUCAAUUUGUUGCUUGCACAGGGAUCAAUUUUGUGUUAUUUUUGCUAAUACCCAGACGCUAAAAAGCAACUAAACGAGUCCUGUGAAUUAAUUUAUAAGUAGAGAUGUCAAACAGCUUUGGAAAUAUGUGCAUCUUAUAAGUCAAAGCCUUAUUGAGCAGGCAGGUUAAUACUGUUGUUAGGUAUAGUGUUUUACAGGAGGUAUUUAACACAUUCACAACAUGUGUCGUUUUUAUGCGACACAGUGCUGUUUGCCAACCUAGUUCAGGUUCUAGAAUAGCUUCUCUGAAUUGCACAAUUUCAUUCAGCGACCUGUGGAGAACAAAAAUACUCAUUUUUGUCCCAAUGAAUCGAGACUGCUUUGUACACUUUUGACGAAACAUGUGAAUUGAUAAAGAUUUUGUAUAUACGUG